CCAUCGAAGAGCAAAACUCUAAUUCCCGCUGAGCUCACCGCCAGAUCUUCCUCGUCGCAACCGCUUCUCCACCAAAUCCCUCUUCUCGACCAAGUUGCAAAGCAGAAAACACACGAAGGAGGCCGCUUGCUCCUCUUUCUGCUCUUACAUCAAGAAAAAUGGCAGAGGACCUCAACGAAGAUGACUUCGACUCCAACACGCCGUCCUCCACAAACAGCAGCACCGCCUCUGAAAUGGCAACGCUGCAGAACCCGCCUUUCCACAAACUCGUCCCGCCACUGAACUUCUGCCCGGUCGAAGACCAACUCUACCGCUCAGGCCAGCCGACGCCAAUCAACUUCCCUUUCGUCGCGGGUCUCGCGCUGAAAGCAGUGAUCUGGCUCGAGAUGGAGGACCCGUCCGAGGUAUUCACCAGCUUCGCCCGCAGCUGCGGCAUCAGGAUCUACCACCUCGGUCUCGAGAACGGGCCCGACGUCGAGAGCGCAGAGGAAGUAGAUGCGGACGGAAACCUCCGCGGACGGCUAUUGGUCGGCAGCGGCGGCGGCGGCGGCGGUAGCAACCACAGCGAGAUCUCGUCCGGUCAGGCCGGCAUCGCUUCUGCGUCGUCGAAAGCAGCAAAGACGACGACGAACCCGUGGGAUCAGUUGCCGGAGAAGUCGAUCGUCAGAGCGUUGGAGAUCAUUGCGAAUAAAGAGAAUUACCCGUUGCUGGUGUGUGGCGGUAUGGGCCGUCAUCGGACUGGAACUGUUAUCGGCUGUCUGAGACGUGUGCAGAGAUGGAACUUGGCAAGGUAACAAGGGCAGAUGAUUGUGACGAUGCCGUUAUGUUUACUAACAGCUGCUUCUCAGUGUUUCGGAAGAAUAUCGCAGAUUUGCUGGAUCAAGGAAGCGAGUUUUGAUUGAAUUGCACAUUGAGGUGCGUACACCCACUCUGAAUAUUCACUCUUACUGUCAUCUAACUCUUCACCCAGGCCUUCGACACAAAUUCCGUC